AUGGCCAUGAGUGAGCUGGGCACCCAGAAGGGCAGCGAUGGCGCUGUUUCUCGCCUGCUCAACGUGGUAGAAAGUGAGCUGCAGGCAGGGAGGGAGAAAGGUGACCCUACGGAGAAGCAACUUCAGAUCAUCCUGGAGGAUGCCCCUCUCUGGCAGAGAUUCAAGGAAGUCACUAACGAAAUGAUCGUGACCAAGAAUGGCAGACGGAUGUUCCCCGUCCUCAAGAUUAGUGUCACGGGGCUGGACCCCAAUGCCAUGUACUCCCUCCUGCUGGACUUCGUCCCCACGGACAGUCACCGCUGGAAGUACGUCAAUGGGGAAUGGGUGCCCGCAGGCAAGCCAGAGGUCUCCGGCCACAGCUGCGUCUACAUCCACCCGGACUCCCCCAACUUCGGGGCCCACUGGAUGAAAGCUCCCAUCUCCUUCAGCAAAGUGAAGCUGACGAACAAGCUCAACGGAGGUGGGCAGAUAAUGUUGAAUUCUCUGCAUAAAUAUGAGCCCCAGGUUCACAUAGUGCGUGUUGGAGGUGCCCAUCGAAUGGUGAUGAACUGCUCCUUCCCUGAAACCCAGUUCAUAGCUGUGACGGCCUAUCAGAACGAGGAGAUAACAGCUCUCAAAAUCAAGUACAACCCUUUUGCCAAAGCCUUCUUGGAUGCCAAGGAAAGGAAUCACCUCAAAGACGUUCCGGAAGCCGUCUCCGAGAGCCAGCACGUGGCCUACUCUCACCUGGGAGGCUGGAUCUUUUCCAAUCCAGAUGGAGUGUGCACAGCAGGAAACGCCAAUUACCAGUAUGCUACCCCCUUACCUCUGUCUGCUCCUCACUCCCACCAUGGCUGUGAGCACUAUCCUGGCCUCCGAGGGCACCGGCAGGCUCCCUACCCUUCGGCCUACAUGCAUAGAAACCAUUCUCCCUCAGUGAAUUUGAUAGAAGGCUCCAGCAAUAACCUGCAAGUUUUCUCCGGAGCUGACAGCUGGACUUCCUUGUCCUCCACACCGCACACCAGCAUCCUGUCCGUACCCCACACCAGCGGGCCAAUCAAUCCAGGGCCCAGUCCCUACCCGUGCCUGUGGACCAUCAGCAACAGCAGCGGGGGCCCAGCCGGGCCCGGCCCCGAUGUGCACACCAGCUCCCCGGGGGCGUUUCUUCUGGGGAGUCCAGCUGUGACUUCGCCCCUGUCUGCCCAGGCACCCACUUCGGCGGGUGUGGAGGUUCUGGGGGAGCCCUCGCUGACCAGCAUCGCUGUGUCCACCUGGACAGCAGUGGCCUCACAUCCCUUCUCGGGCUGGGGUGGCCCGGGUGGGGGAGGGCGCCAUUCUCCCUCCUCCCUGGAUAGCUAG